AUGGAUGAGAAUAUGAGCGAGAUGCUCAAAAGAGAUCUUUUGAGGAUAAUCGAAAACGAACAAAUUCCCGAUCCUUUAAUUGCAAUAAAACCAGUAACAAUCAAAGGCGAUAAUAAUAUCGGUAUAAUGCUGGGAAUAGAAGUCACAAGUGAAACCAGCGAUAAAAGUCUACACCUAGUUUGCAAAUCUGAGCCCAAAAGUGCAGUGAUCUUGCAAGAGUUUAGAAUCAACGUCAUGUUCGAUACAGAAAGAUUUUUUUAUACCCAUCUGUUUCCACUUUUCGAUAAGUUUCAAGACAAAAUGGGAAUUUCUGAUGAGGAUAGAUUCAAACAUUAUCCUGUUUGUUAUGGAUUCACAGAGGCGGCGUUGUUUAUGAAAGACAUGAGAAGGGAAGGGUUCAAGAUGAUGGAUAAGUCACAACCGAUAGGAUACGAGCACGCCAAGUUGGCCAUGGAGUCUUUGGGUAAAUUCCACGCCAUGGGCCUCGUCUUAAAAGACCAGCAUCCAACCGACUUCAAAGUGAUCAACGAUCACCUUCCUCCGGAUUUGUACGGAAAACCGGUACACAAACCGACUUACGACUUUUUCAAAGGAACCAUGAAAUUCGCCCGAGAGACUCUGGAGGACGAUGAAGAAGAUUUGAAGAAAAAAGUUGAUUACAUAAUCGAAAACCUGCAGACGGUGAUGCUCGAGGCGGUCGAUGAAGACCUUGCUGAACCUUAUACUACAUAUUCGCAUGGGGAUUUCUGGAAUAAUAAUGUACUUUACAGACACGACGAGGCUGGAAAACCGGUGGAAGCCUACCUCCUAGACUUCCAGCUCUCUCACUACCGCUCACCCUGCGUCGACAUCUACGAAUACCUGUUCAGUAGUUUCGAUCAGGUAUUUCGCGAGAAAUACUACGAUCAACUCCUUAAGGAUUACCACAAAUCAGCCUGCACAUUGAUGUCGAAACUGGGAACAGAUCCCGAUCGAGUAUUUCCUUUCUCGGCCUUAGAAGCUCAGAAAAAAAGAGGCGGAAUGUACGGAGUUGUCUUCGCUUCUAUAUUGUUAAAGGUGAUCCUGGGCGAAGGCGCGGAAGUGUAUGAUUCGGAGAAAAUUGCCGAAAGUAUUAAGAAUAACGAUUUUUCGUCGGCCGAAGAUAAGUUGAUAGUUGACGAGAAUGUUUAUAAGCUGUACAAGAAGAGGAUGAGUGAUGUCAUCAGACACGCUGAUAAAUUGGGAAUCAUAUGA